GCGCGAGGCGAGGCGGCUCUUCAAAGGCGGCGCGGAGUACAUUACGCGCGCGGAGGGGGCGACUCGCCCACUCCGCUUUGUCUCUCUCCACGGAGAGCCUGCACCCCCUAUAAAAACCCCGAGGCUGGAGGAGCGCGGACUUAUUGUGAUGGCAGCUUCCAUCCCGGGGGUGAGUGCGCUCUGCUCCCGCUGCUCCAUGGCUGUGUGCGUUGCUGUCGCGGGCCUCGCUCUCUCCGCCUUUCUGCCCCGUGCCCCCGGGGCACCAUAGCCGCGCCUCGGCUUCACCCUUCCCGGCCCCCCCCCCCCGAGCCGGCGCGCCCCAAGUUGCUCUUUGCGGCUGCGGUUCAGCGUCCGGCGGCGAAGAGAACCAGGAGGACCACAAGCUGACCUCGGCACCGCUGGCCAUGCUGGCCGCCACCUGCAAUAAGAUCGGCAGCGCCCGGGCUCUGUCCCCCGCCGCGGACUCCCCCGCGUACGGCAAGGGCGGCUUCUACCCGUGGAAGCGACCCACGUCAAGCGGCGCCGCGCACCCGGGCCUGGGCACCCCGGGCCAACGCGGGGACCUCGCGGACUGCGCGAGCGGCCACGUCGCCGCGGGGCCCAGCGCCUUCAGCCUCGCCGCCGCCGCCUCCUCCUCGUCCACCGCCUCCUCGUCCUCCUCGCCCGGCUUCCCCGGCGACUACGCGCUCUACCAGGCGCCGCCCGUCGUCGCCACGAGCGUCAGCUCGCCCGAGUGCUCGCAGUCGGCCUUCGUGUCCAAGGUGCACACUUCGGUGCAGGAGAGCCUGCAGGGCAUGUACUCGCGCGUGGGCAUGGCCCACCCCUACGAGUCGUGGUUCAAGGCGGGCGCGCACGCGGGCGUCAGCAACGACGUGAGCGCGGGGACGUCCGCCUGGUGGGACGUGCACGCCAACUCGAACUGGCUCGAGGUGCAGAACCCCGCGGGGAGUCUCCAGGGCGCGCUGCACUCGGCGCCGCUUCAGUCACCCGCGCUGCACUCGCAGCUCGGCGGCUACAGCUCCGACUUCUCGAGCCUCGGACACUCGGCCUUCAGUUCCACGGGCAUCUCCGCCUCGUCGCCGCACCUGCUCCCGGCCACGCAGCACCUGCUCGCGCAGGACGGCUUCAAGUCCAUGCUGCCCUCGUACGGGGAGUCGCCCGGCGGCAGCGGCGGCCUGCCCCCCGGGCCCAUGAUCUCGGGUCCGCCGACCCUGAGCAGCUCCUCGCGAGCCCUGGCGCGGCGUUUCCCGGGGCGCGCCACGUGCGACUGCCCCAACUGCCAAGAGGCGGAACGCCUGGGACCCGGAGCCAGCCUGAGGCGCAAGGGCCUCCACAACUGCCACAUCCCGGGCUGCGGCAAGGUGUACGGCAAGACGUCGCACCUCAAGGCGCACCUGCGCUGGCACACGGGCGAGCGGCCCUUCGUGUGCAACUGGCUCUUCUGCGGCAAGCGCUUCACGCGCUCGGACGAGCUGCAGCGGCACCUGCGCACGCACACGGGCGAGAAGCGCUUCGCGUGCCCCGUGUGCAACAAGAGGUUCAUGCGGAGCGACCACCUGAGCAAGCACGUGAAGACGCACAGCGGCGGCAAGGCGGGCAGCGAGAGCGACGAGACCAGCAACCCCGGAUCCCCGCACCCGCACUCCCCCGAGACGUGCGGGCCUGAGCCGGGGGGCAACGGCUCCUGAGCCGGGGGUGGGGGUGCGGCAGCGGCUUCUGAGCCGAGGAGGUGGGGGGGGGGGGGUGGAAGAGGCCCCCUUCCGCGAGCGGUGCGCGCUCUUGGAGAACUCGUGAGGCCGCGGCGGUGCCGGCUGAGCGCACAGGUGAGGAGCUUCGUGAGUUGAAGACCAAAAAAAAAUCUGCGCGUUGUGACUUCGGGUUCACGAGGUGACUGCUGCUGCUGCUGCUGCUUGCGACCGGUUUUUUGUUUCCUUCCUGUUCGGUUAAAAAUAGCGACGUUUUUUUUGUUUGUUUUAGGUUUGUUCGUUCCUUAAAUUAAGAUUCGCUUGGUCGUGACGCCCAUAGGCUGUGUCGAGUCUCAAUAUCGCACUUUGUACAAUAGUUGUAUAUUUUUUUGCGGUAAUCGAUAGUUCUGGGAAAUUAACAAUAAUGUAAGAUAUUUUGUGCUCCCUUAUAAUUUAAUCGUAUGUAUCAAUUUGGCGACAAGAAUUAAACACAGAUGUGCACUAAAA